AUGCUCAGAAUUGAUUUGUACUUCGAAAGAGUGCAAGGGUUUUUGCCCCUCUUUCAUCGGCCGACGUUUUACGACACUUAUGUCACUCUCCCUAUACAUGAAAAAUACGUGAAUCUAGACAGGGACUCUGCUCUUAUUCUAUACAUGAUGAUGUCCCUGUCCGCUCGGUAUUCUUCCCUACCGUAUCUCGAAACCGCACAUGUCAGAGACCGCGGUGUCCCCCUUGCACGUCAGGCGCGAGCGCUGUUUAGCAGUGCGACCCUCGCUGAUCCGGCGGCCCUCACGCUAAAACUACUGCAAGGUACAAUCCUAUUCGCAUAUUACAAUCAGUCAUCAAAUUUGUCCUGGGGAACUGACAUUCUGAUUGGGGUUUGUGUACGAUACGCUUAUAAACUUGGCUUACACGCUCUCGAUGAAGACUAUCUGAACAACUCUGAUCACUCACCGGUACAGCUGAGCAAUGAGCAGUGGGUAUUGAGGGAGGAAAAGAGGCGAGCGUGGUGGUCUGUCUGGGAGCUCGACACAUUCGACGCCAUCAUCUGCCGGCGGCCAUUCGCGAUCGCCAGGCAUCGUGUUCACGUACUGUUACCCGUAUCUGAUGCUGCAUGGUUCUCAGGAUCACAGAUUGCAUCGCCCAUGUUCGAUCCAGACAUCUCGCGAUUCUGGAAAUGCCUUGAAGAGUCUCCUAAUCAAGACGAGAGAGCCUGGUUUCUUGUCAGCAACUAUAUCAUGGCUUACAUUCACGAACAAGGUCAAAAGGCACCCUUGCCUAGACCGAAUAUCGAGGAAAUGAGGACUAUUCUGGCGUGCUUUGUGCUCCUUGCUAACGAAAAGCUCCACCUCCCUGCCAACCAUAGCGUGCAUGCAAGCAACUGGAAGAUUUUGACCAAGCUGAUGACAAUCUCGAGCACCGUCAUCCUCGGCCUGUUGGAACGGAAUACCAUGUCCACACCUCUCUUUACGGUGUCAAAUCGUAUGUCCUCUGCGCUGCUGCGAGGGUUCGUUGUUCGAGCCCACUCCAGCACGAGCGGGAGCCUCGACAAAUUUCGUGAACCGAUAACAAAUUUUUUUCGAAUACUACAAUCCUGGAAUCCAGAACACAUUGCAUUUGCCCCUCCAACUAUGGCUUGCCUUCUCUUGGGACCUGGGAACGUGAACCUUGGAAUGGCACUUCGGUUGCGGAAACCCACCGAUAGCCAAUCAGCUGGAACGCAAUCGUCCCUUGAAGAAGAUCUUUUGACACUUGUUCUCACCCACUUUGCACGGUAUUGGAAUAUUGGACAUCGCGUUUUGAGUAAGUGGUGA